GCGCACCAUCACGAAAUCAAAACACAAAAGCAAAAUGGCGUCGACAGAUUCGCAACCACGGUUCGGUCAGUCCGUCAAAGGUUUACUGUCCGAUAAAGUCGGCUCAUGUAGCGGGGACGUGAUCGCUCUGACCCGCCAGGUGCUGAAAGGAUCCCGGAGCCAAGAGCUUCUCGGACAAGCAGCAAGAAAUAUGGUCAUUCAGGAGGACGCCAUCCUGCACUCAGAGGACAGUCUGAGGAAAAUGUCCAUCAUCACCACACACUUACAGUACCAGCAGGAGGCCAUCCAGAAGAACGUGGAGCACUCUAAAAACCUGCAGGACCAGCUGAGACACCUGCUCAAGUGACGGCGUCUUAACGGGACGUGAAUGGACUGAAGCGGUGGACGAGGUGCAGCUCUAACACAGCGCAAUGUUCUAACGGGAGGAGGACCACGAGAAAGCUUUGACUUAUGUGAAAUUCUUUUAUAAAGUGCAUUAAAUUAAUUUAUUAAACAUCUUGUCUUCUUAGCUUCAGUGUGUGAAUCAACCCAAACAGAACUUAAUGUGAAACGUAGACCUGAGAGAGGAGUGUCAUAGGUAGAAACUCAUCGUAUCUAUUAAAGCUCCUUUCACGUAACAAAUCCUUAUUAUUUACCUGUUAAAAGGGCUUAGAUGGUAAAUGGUCUUGCUCUUAUAAAGCACUUUUCUACCUACUCAAAGGUUCUCAAAGCGCUUUUACAGUCAGAGACACAUCCACCCAUUCGCUCACACAAACACACACAUUCACACAU